AAGAAGAGCUUUAUUGCAAAGCAAAAAGUACACACUCAAGAAAGGGGAGCUCGGGCAUACCUGAGAGAGAAUAAUGGGUUCUGGGGUUUCAUCUUGAUGGGUUUCUUUAACCAAGAAUUGGAAUAUUCACGAAAAUUCCUGGGUAAAGGUGGAGAUUUCUUGGAACUGUGGUGCCAUUUUUACAUCAAACACUGGUCUCAGAACUGUCAUGGCACUGGCGGGUGUGUGAUUUAGUAUGUUAAUGAGCAUAUAAUGAGGGCCUAGGUAAAACCUCCAUCAAAUCCAGCACCACGUUGGGUCCACUCAGUCUUAGCCAGCUUGGUCCACACCCUGGUUUUUCAGCGUCUUAACAGCCCACAGCCUCAAGUCAUGUAAAUCUGCUGCCUAGAAUUUGUUAUCCUGUGACCACCCUGUAGUAUUCCUGUCUGAAAUCUACUUGUAAAUAUUCAAAUGGUCUUUGACUUGGGCAUUCCAACUUUGCUUACUUCACAGUGUUUCCUGCGUAAUAUAUAAGAAAAGAUGAUCCAGACAUUUGUUAAACAUCUCAAAUAAGAUGUAGCCCAGGUAUUUGUGUCAAAUUUGGAUUAUUUUGGUUUCGUCUUUGCAGAAUAUAAAAAACUAACAUGAGGUAAGCACUAAGGUGUGGAGAUGGCUGUGCAAGAGAUGACAAAGUCCAGCACCACACUUGAGAGUGUCCAAUCACCUCUUCUGGGGCAGCAUAGUUUUCUACAAUACGGAUUUUUGAAAAAAAACAACAUAAAAAAAAACCCUACAAGAUUCAUGAAACUGGACAACUGUCUUUAUAACAUUACCAGUGAUAAAACCAGUAAGGAAGGCUGGUUUGCAGUCAUCUGAGCAGCCUCUUUACUUUCAUAAAUAUGGUUUCUCUCUGAUAUUAAACGGCUUCCAAUUGCAAGCGGAAUGCUGCAUCACAAGGAUAAGGAUGUGAAGAGAACCGGUUUCUUUUGUAAUCCGAAACAUUCUAGUCUGCGAAUUAAAAGCCAUUAUUUGAAGAAGGAUGCCCCGGCUCCAUCUGGCCACCGAAAGGUUGCUCCUUAACACAGGCUAAGGACCAGCUUCUUUAGGAGAGAACAGACGCAGGGGCGGGAGGGAAAAAGGGAGAGGCAGACGUCACUUCCCCUUGGCGGCUCUGGCAGCAGAUUGGUCGGUUGAGUGGCAGAAAGGCAGACGGGGACUGGGCAAGGCACUGUCGGUGACAUCACGGACAGGGCGACUUCUAUGUAGAUGAGGCAGCGCAGAGGCUGCUGCUUCGCCACUUGCUGCUUCGUCACGAAGGAGUUCCCGUGCCCUGGGAGCGGGUUCAGGACCGCUGAUCGGAAGCUCAGCAGGGAGCUGCUGGAGGUAGUAGAGCCUGAAGUCUUGCAGGACUCACUGGAUAGAUGUUAUUCAACUCCUUCCAGUUGUCUUGAACAGCCUGACUCCUGCCAGCCCUAUGGAAGUUCCUUUUAUGCAUUGGAGGAAAAACAUGUUGGCUUUUCUCUUGACGUGGGAGAAAUUGAAAAGAAGGGGAAGGGGAAGAAAAGAAGGGGAAGAAGAUCAAAACCCACCAUGCCCCAGGCUCAGCGGUGUGCUGAUGGAAGUGGAAGAGCCUGAAGUCUUACAGGACUCACUGGAUAGAUGUUAUUCGACUCCGUCAAUGUACUUUGAACUACCUGACUCAUUCCAGCACUACAGAAGUGUGUUUUACUCAUUUGAGGAACAGCACAUCAGCUUUGCCCUUGACGUGGACAAUCGGUUUUUUACUUUGAUGGUGACAAGUCUCCACCUGGUCUUCCAGAUGGGAGUCAUAGUCCCACAAUAAGCAGCCCUUACUAAGCCGAGAGAUGUCAUUCCUGCAGGCAGGACCUAUAGGCACGUGAAGAUUUGAAUGAAACUAUAGUUCCAUUUGGAAGCCCAGACAUAGGAUGGGUCAGUGGGCAUGGCUCUAUUCCUAUUCUCAGACCAUGCCAGUGGCAACCUGUGCUCAGUCUGAAGACAAUGGACCCAAGUUAGGUGUGACACGUUCACAUAACUGUGCAGCACAUGCCGGGAGUGAUCAGUCAGACAUUUUAAUUUGAACCACGUAUCUCUGGGUAGCUACAAAGUUCCUCAGGGAUUUCAUUUUGCAGGCAUGUCUCUGAGCUUCUAUACCUGCUCAAGAUCAGUGUCAUCUUUGUGUUUAGCUCAUCCAAAGGUGUUACCCUGGUUUCAAUGAACCUAACCUCAUUCUUUGUAUCUUCAGUGUUGAAUUGUUUUAGCUGAUCCAUCUGUAACACAGGAGGGAUCCUUGGCUGAGGAUUGUAUUUCAGAACCACCAACUGCUCUUGACAAUUGUUAACCCGCUAGGCUCCUUUGGUUAGAGAAGCCACAGUCCUUCAGCCUCCAAUUGGUGUCAGUACUUAGGAAGACCACAGCUAGAUGGACAAACAGCAUUGGGAGGCCUUAGCCCUGCUCCUCUCGAUUCCAUCCUGUAGAGAACAGGAGUCAGGAGCCGCUGGCAGGAGACAGCAUGUCACCCAGGACUCUGCCGGUGCAGAAUAUGAACAAUGCCAUGUUCUUGCAGAAAACGCUUAGCCUGAGUUUCAUAGGAGGUAAUCACCAGACAACUGCAGAAUGUAGAACACGGAGCAGGACAACUGACCUGUCUCCUUCACAUAGUCCACGUCACCACGAAUCACACAACAAAAAGGAGAAGAGAUAUUUUGGGCUCAAAAAAAGUAAAAAGAUAAUGUAGCUGCAUUUCUUUAGUUAUUUUGAACCCCAAAUAUUUCCUCAUCUUUUUGUUGUUGUCAUUGAUGGUGGUGACAUGGACUUGUUUAUAGAGGACAGGUCAGCUGUCUGGCUCAAUGAUCUACAUUCUGAAGUUGUCUGAAAAUGUCUUCAUGAUUAAAUUCAGCCUAAACGUUUUGCCGGGAACACGGCAGAGACAAUGCUGUGAGUUUCCAACCUCAGCCCAUCUGCGGGCAGAGAAGGUCUAGUUCGUCCAUCACCAUUAUGAUAUCAGGACUGGUUACUUGGUUAUGGAGGGGUCUAGGAGACCUGUCCCUUUUAGAGACACCUUACUUAUAAUGAAGUAUUUGGGAGGGCGGUUUUCAAAAGUAGAAAUGUCCUGUAUUCCGAUGAUCAUCCUGUAAACAUUUUAUCAUUUAUUAAUCAUCCCUGCCUGUGUCUAUUAUUAUAUUCAUAUCUCUACGCUGGAAACUUUCUGCCUCAAUGUUUGCUGUGCCUUUGUUUUUGCUAGUGUGUGUUGUUGAAAAAAAAACAUUCUCUGCCUGAGUUUUAAUUUUUCUCCAAAGUUAUUUUAAUCUAUACAAUUAAAAGCUUUUGCCUAUC